GUUAAAAGUACCUGAAGGGACCAACGUUUUGAGGUUAUGUCUAAACAAUGUGAACUGUUUAUAUUUUAAUCUCCAGACUAGACGAAUUGGUAACUUUGCAAUAUUCCGAAUCCGUCACCGCCCCCAAGAAGCCCUCUCUGGUCAACGUCCAUGACUGUAAAAUUUGCCCAUACGUUACAACGUCGUUUUUCCUGAUGAUGAACCACAUCCGCCGUCAUCAGUCGCCUUUGGUACCUUUUAACUGCGUAAACCCCCUUGAUUCUUACCAUUGCAAACACUGCAGUUUUCAAACUGAACUAACGCUGCUUUUCAAGCAACAUAUUAGAAAACACCAUGGAAUUAAACACGAAAACGACGAUUUAAUUGUACAACACAAUAAUCAAAAAUACGUUUGUGGAAAGUGCGGAUUUGAGACGCAUUUUUUGCUUAAAUGUUUAUGUCACAUUCAAGAGUGUCAACAGUCUAAAGAACAAUCAAAUUCGAAAAGGAAUAUUAACGCACGAUAUGUAGACGAUCUUGACGCCAAAUGGUACAAAUGUAAACAGUGCUCGUUUAGAUGUAAACGCAACUCAUCUUUGUUGGGACACGUGAACCUUUGUCAUUUGAACGAAGAGAACGACAAGUCGAAUGAAUGCCAGCAGGGUCCGGACAAGACUAGAGAUUGUUCGAACUUAAGGAGUGACGGGAGAAGCCAGCAUUUGGAUGGGAAAAGUAUCACGUGGUAUCGGUGCAAUGAGUGUCCAGUUAAAACAAGAGACAAGAGGGUUUUGCAGAAACACGUGAAAGCGCGACAUUCCAACGGACACAGAGGCAUUAAAUGCUACAAUUGUGAGAAAUGCCAAUUCAAAACCAAAUACCGGUACGUUUUAAAUAGACACAUAAAUGCGCGGCAUUUGGACGAAAGCGAAAUAGAGUGGCACCAAUGCAACGAGUGUCCUUUCAAAAGCAAAGACAAAGACGGUUUGAAAAAACACAUUAACGCACGGCAUCUGGACGACCAAAACGUGAAGUGGUAUGAAUGUAAACAGUGCUCAUUUAGAUGUAAACACUACGACUCCUUGAUGAGACAUGUGAACGCCUGUCAUUUAGACGAAAAGGACGGCAAGUGGUAUGAAUGUAAACAGUGUCCUUACAAGGCUAGAAAUUGUUGGUCGCUAACGAAACACGUGAAAUCCCAGCAUUUGGAAGGACAUGACAUAAAAUGGUAUGAAUGUGAAAAGUGCCAAUACAAAGCCAAACACCCUCAGUCUUUAAAGAAACAUAUAAAUCGGCGGCAUUUGGACGAGGACGAAAUAAAGUGGCACCAAUGCACUUUAUGUCCUUUCAAGAGUAAAGAGAGAAACGGUUUGAAAAGACACAUUAACGCACGGCAUCUGGACGACCAAGACGCGAAGUGGUAUGAAUGUACACAGUGUCCAUUCAAGACUAGAGAUUGUUCGGCCGUAAAGAAGCACAUGCAAUCCGAGCAUUUGGAAGGAUAUGGUGUUAAAUGGUAUGAUUGUCAAAAGUGCCAAUUCAAAACCAAAUACCCCCAGUCUUUAAAGCAUCAUAUAAAUCGCUGGCAUUUGGACAAGAAUGAAAUUAAGUGGUACCGCUGCAGUGAGUGUGCGUUCAGGAGCAAAAACAAAAGCGGUUUGAAAAAACACAUUAACGCACGGCAUGUGGCUGACCAAGACGCGAAAUGGUACGAAUGCACACAUUGCCCUUUCAGAACUAAGAAUUCUUCAAAUUUAAACGAGCACAUAAAAAGGCGCCACUCAAAUGCGAAAAGUGACAACGUCAUAGCAGACAAAAAUCGAGUUUAAUUGUGAAGUUUAAACAAAAAGUACAGUAGUGG